UGAGGCUUUUAUUUGACCCGGAAGUAUAAACUGCUCUUUAAUACAGAAGGAAGUGUAACUUCACAAAGAGCAGUUGUAUAGUUGAUAUCAUGGCAUUAGAUGUGAAAUCCAGAGCGAAGCGUUAUGAAAAGCUGGACUUUCUUGGUGAAGGACAGUUUGCAACUGUGUACAAGGCAAGAGACAAAACCACAAACACUAUUGUUGCUAUUAAAAAGAUAAAAGUGGGGCACAGGACAGAAGCCAAAGAUGGCAUCAACAGAACAGCCCUUCGAGAGAUUAAGUUGUUGCAAGAGCUCAGUCAUCCGAACAUUAUUGGUCUCUUGGAUGCUUUUGGACACAAAUCCAACAUCAGUCUUGUCUUUGACUUUAUGGAGACAGAUCUCGAGGUGAUUAUAAAGGACACCAGUCUUGUAUUAACUCCAGCCAAUAUAAAGGCAUACAUCCUAAUGACGUUACAGGGUCUGGAAUACAUGCACAAUCACUGGAUCCUGCACAGGGAUCUGAAACCCAAUAAUUUGCUACUGGAUGAAAAUGGAGUCCUGAAGCUGGCUGAUUUUGGCUUGGCCAAAGCGUUUGGAAGCCCGAACCGAGUGUAUACACAUCAAGUUGUUACAAGAUGGUAUCGUGCCCCAGAGCUGCUCUUCGGUGCCAGGAUGUACGGCGUGGGUGUGGACAUGUGGGCAGUUGGCUGCAUUCUUGCUGAGCUUUUACUCCGAGUGCCAUUUUUAGCUGGUGAUUCAGACUUGGACCAGCUGACAAAGAUAUUUGAAGCUUUGGGAACUCCAACAGAGGAGACAUGGCCUGGGAUGUCCAAUCUUCCGGACUAUGUGUCAUUUAAACUAUUUCCUGGCACGCCGUUGGAGCACAUCUUCAGCGCAGCUGGCGAUGACCUCCUGGAGCUUCUGAAGGGAUUAUUCACCUUUAACCCCUGCACACGCACUACAGCUUCACAGGCUUUGAAGAUGAGAUAUUUCAGCAUUAGACCAGGACCCACCCCAGGACCUCAGCUUCCCAGACCAAACUCCUCAACAGAAGCCCUGAAGGAGAAAGAAAACCUGUUGAUUGGCAUCAAGAGAAAACGUGACAGUAUUGAACAGGGUACCCUUAAAAAGAAACUGGUUUUCUGAGUUUUCUUCCACCGGUGCUGCUGUGGUUCUGCGUGAAUGGCAACAUUUCAACAGCACAUGAAACAGAGAUACGGAGUUAACAUAUUUAUGUGUUAAUAGUUGAAUGAAUUAUUUUUUUUUCAAUUAUUUUUUUUUAUGUAACUUAGGAAAUUAAAUUAUCAAAAAAUUUA